GUCCUUCACGCCAGGCUCUGCUGGUUUCGGACAACGGGCAGACGCGACUGCCAAUGAGCUCCGCCCAGUAGCGGAGGGGGCAGGGCUAGCCCUUAAAGGAGCCGCGACCCACUAGCAGACCGAGGGUGACCCGGAUGAUGGCGGCCGGCGCGGCCCUAGCCUUAGCCCUGUGGCUACUACUGCCGCCAGCGGGGGUGAGAGGGGCAGGGCCCCCGCCGAUCCAGGACGGCGAGUUCACGUUCCUGCUGCCCGCAGGGAGGAAGCAGUGUUUCUACCAGUCCGCGCCGGCCAACGCAAGCCUCGAGACCGAGUACCAGGUGAUCGGAGGAGCUGGGCUGGACGUGGACUUCACGCUGGAGAGCCCUCAGGGCGUGCUGCUGGUCAGCGAGUCCCGCAAGGCAGACGGCGUGCACACGGUGGAGCCCACGGAGGCCGGGGACUACAGGCUGUGCUUUGACAACUCCUUCAGCACCAUCUCGGAGAAGCUGGUGUUCUUUGAGCUCAUCUUUGACAGCCUGCAGGAGGACGAGGAGGUCGAGGGCUGGGCGGAGGCUGUGGAGCCCGAAGAGAUGCUGGAUGUCAAGAUGGAGGACAUCAAGGAGUCCAUUGAGACCAUGAGGACCCGGCUGGAGCGCAGCAUCCAGAUGCUCACGCUGCUGCGGGCCUUCGAGGCACGUGACCGCAACCUGCAGGAGGGCAACCUGGAGCGGGUCAACUUCUGGUCGGCCGUGAACGUGGCCGUGCUGCUGCUGGUGGCCGUGCUGCAGGUCUGCACGCUCAAGCGCUUCUUCCAGGACAAGCGCCCCGUGCCUACGUAGCCCUGCCCGGAAGAAGACCAGGAGAUGGGAGGGGCAGCAGGGCGCAUGUGUGUGGGACUUGGGGGUCCCUUCCCCAAGUUAGUUCCUUACAGGCCAGGAGGCUGUGUGGUCUGGGCCUGAGGGGUG